AUGUCGCGGCAGGAGAACUGUGAGGUGGUGACUCAUUACGUGGCGGUGAACCUGGCCACCGCACACCCGCACAUCGACGCUGAUGGCACCGUGUACAACCUGGGAACUUCCUACACCACCAGCCUGGGCCCACAACUGAGGAUUGUAAAGUUUCUUGGUGGGCACCUCGAACAAGCCUCCAUUGUCGCUUCUGUCCCUAGUCGGUGGAAGACGGGCCUUCCUUACUUCCACAGCUUCGCCAUGACGCCCAACUACUGGGUGUUCAUCGAACAGCCUCUGGUGCUGUUCUUUAAGAAUCUGGUCCUGAACUAUGUCACCAACAACAAGCUGAUGGACGCCCUCAAGUGGAUGCCAGAAGAGCAUCUUUAUUUUCACGUGAUCGAGCGAUCGACAGGGCGUAGUGUACCCAUAAAAUACACGGCCGACUCUCUCAUCAUCCUCCACCACAUUAACGCCUGGGAGGAAGAUGGCCACCUCAUUCUAGACGUGACAGCAAAUGACGAGGGUAAAUACCUCACCACCUUCUACUUCAACAAUAUCGAGAAGGAAGUCACCGAUGCCUCAAAAGUCAUCGUCACAAGCAGGAUCCGACGUUUUGUCCUGCCUCUUUCACUUCCAGACGAGACUCAUAAAAACGUCAACUUGAUCAAAUUGGAGAACACUAGGUGCUCCGCCGUCAGAACUAGCAAGUCCUCUGUCCACUGCACGCCGACUGUCCUGUGGAACGAGGGAUUUGAACUCCCAAGAAUCAACUACAAAAAGAACGGACUCCCUUACCGCUACGUGUACGGGGUCUCGAUUGGACAAGAUUUGACCUUCGAGAAGCUGGUGAAACUAGAGGUGAACACCGGUAGGGCGUGGCUGUAUUCCGAAAAGGAUUGUGUGGUCACCGAGCCCAUAUUUGUGGCGGCUCCUGACGCUGUUGAUGAGGACGACGGCGUGAUUCUCUCCUCGCUUUUGAGGGGGAACGACCCCCACUAUGUGGCCCUAUUGGUGUUAGACGCCAGGGAUCUGACGGAGACGGCUAGGGCCGAGUUUAGGGCCGAGGGCCAAGUGACCAUCCCUUUCCAUGGCCAGUACAUCUCUGCUCAUAAUCUGGUCCACUCAUACUGAUGAACUUUAGGUUAGUUUAACAAAUUUAUUGACAAAGCUGUAGUACAGUUUGCCUAGUCUGAGUAGUUCAGUCAGGUCUUGACA